CUAAUGAACCUGCCCUAUACAGACUCCUUGCUUUCCAUGUGCCAAAUCUCAUGUCUAUUUUCUUUCGCAAGUCAUGACCCAGAACCUGUACCUUUCGCUGUAUACGUACUGUAUAUAAUCCGUGAUAAAUCAAUUGGUUCAUGCUGUCUGUGCUCGCUAAUUUGUUCAAGGUUAAUUUUGACGAGUUGGUUAUUUAAAUGUCGAAAGUGGGAAUGACUAAUAUACUCGAACUAGAUAUUAUUUGUGAAUCUGAUUCAUAUUCAAAAUGUUCACAUAUGUAUGAAGUAUCUUUUGCAAAUACCGAUAUGCAGUACAAGGACUUUUUUAGGCGAUACUUAUAUGAAAAUAGGCCUUGUGUUGUGCGUGGGCCAGUAACUGAAAGUUGGAAGAGUGCAAACGAAUGGGUUGCUGAUAAUAAACCAAACUUUGCAUAUAUCUGUCGAAAGUUUGGAAAUGUAACAGUUCCAGUAGCAAACUGUGAUGAAAAAUACUAUAAUGUUCAGAAAAUACGUGAUAUACAGUUAUGUGACUAUCUGAAGUACUGGCAAGAUUACAAUAGUAAAUGUCACUCAGAUUUACCAUGUUUGUAUUUGAAGGACUGGCAUUUCACUCAGGAUUUUCCUGAAGAGAAUAUAUAUAGAGUUCCAAAUUAUUUUGCUUCUGACUGGUUGAAUGAAUAUUACAGUGCAAGGACAAGCAUUAAAGAUGAUUACAGAUUUGUGUAUAUGGGACCGAAAGGAUCAUGGACACCUUUGCAUGCAGAUGUAUUCACUUCAUUUAGCUGGUCAGUGAAUAUCUGUGGACGGAAACGUUGGCUGCUGUUUCCACCAGGGGAAGAAGUCUGUCUUCAGGACAGAUUUGGGAAGCUGGCAUAUGAUGCCACAGCCCCAGAAUUAAAUGAUGAAAAAAUAUACCCACGAUACAAAGAACUCUGCAACUGUGAAGAGAUUAUACAAGAACCUGGUGAAGCCAUUUUUAUUCCAUCAGGUUGGCAUCAUCAGGUGUGGAACUUGGAAGAUACAAUAUCAAUAAAUCACAACUGGAUAAAUGGCUGUAAUAUUAAGACAAUGUGGACCUCUCUAAAGGGCAAUCUCAUGGCUGUAAAAAAGGAAGUGGAAGACUGUAAAGAUAUGGAAGGAUGGAAUGAGCAUUGCCAACUAAUGCUACAGGCAAUGUUUGGCAUGAAUUAUGAGGAGUUCUAUUCUUUCUUGACUGCUAUUGGUGAAAGAAGACUAGAUGCUUUGAGGGACAAUAAACCUCUACUUCUGUUUGGUAAUUGGCAGUUAGGAAGAAAUCAUUUGCUGUUUGAUCUAAUGCAAGUGAAGAAAAUUUUAAUCGCCUUUCUUAAAGAUACUGACACUUUGAAUCUGAAUAUUUUUAAGAACUUGGAUGACCAACCAGAACUAAUGAAAGAAUUUGACCAUUAUUUCUUAUAAAUGCAUUUAUUUGUAUUGUUUCCUUCACCUUCAGGUCCAAAUGAUGCAGGAUCAUUUGUGCCCUGUAGUGAAUUCUGUCAUCUCUGUAAUGAGAAUAAGCUAAUAAAAAAUAACCUUAAUGUAUGGUAAAAAUCAAGUCACACAAUAAAUGAUGCUCUAAGAACAA